GGCGCCACGUCGUGUGCGCAAGAGCAGCGGUGGGGCACGCCCAGCCGCCGGUGGGAAAAGCCUCGAUCACAUAGGGUUUGAGGAGCUACGUACGUAUUUCUACAUGCCUAUCACCAAGGCGGCGCGGGAGAUGAACGUUGGUCUCACCGUGCUCAAGAAGCGCUGCCGAGAGCUCGGGGUCGCCCGCUGGCCUCACCGGAAGAUGAAGAGCCUCAGGUCACUCAUCCUCAACAUCCAGGAGAUGGGGAAGGGCGCAACGUCGCCGGCGGCUGUGCAAGGGGAACUAGAGGCGCUUGAGAGGUAUUGCGCCAUAAUGGAGGAGAACCCGGCGAUCGAGCUGACUGAGCAGACCAAGAAGCUGCGGCAGGCCUGCUUUAAGGAGAACUACAAGAGGAGGAGAGCGGCGGCCUCCGUCAACUUGCUCGACCAUUGCUACAACGACUUGGCCAGUCAUGAGCAGCAGAUGCCAUUGCCACAGAUGGGUUUCUUUGGGUUCUAAAGGGACAGGAAUUCACAUUAACGGUAUAUAUAUACUGGGGCAUAUACUGAAAAAGUAAAUAAGUAACCCACUGAAACGAUCAUAGAUGAUCGAUGGGUAUUCGGCACCUUUUUGCGUCAUUUACAUUAUGCAAUCAUUUCUCUAUGAAUUAGU